AGAGCCUCCUCGCGUUCCUCCCUUCUCCCUUGGCCGAAACAUGGCAGAUAAUCUAAGUGACGCCUUGAAGAAGCUGAAGAUAACAGCUGUUGACAGCAAAGCUGAUAGCUUGGAGGGGUGUUUGGAUUGUCUCCUUCAAGCUCUGGCUCAGAACAAUAUUGAGACAAGUGAAAAAAUCCAGAAAAGUGGAAUUCUCCAAGUGUUUGCAAGCCUAUUGACUCCGCAGUCCUCCUGCACUGCAAAAGUAGCUAACGUCAUAGCAGAAGUAGCCAAAAAUGAGUUUAUGCGGAAUCCAUGUGUGGAUGCUGGCUUGAUCCCACCUUUGGUUCAACUCUUAAACUGUAAAGAUCAGGAGGUGCUUCUUCAAACGGGGCGUGCCUUGGGCAACAUAUGCUAUGAUAGCCAUGAGGGCAGAAGCGCAGUUGACCAUGCAGGUGGGGCACAGAUUGUAAUAGACCAUUUAAGGUCACUGGGCAGUAAAACAGAUCCAGCCAAUGAGAAGCUCUUGACUGUCUUUUGUGGCAUGCUGGUGAACUAUAGCAAUGAGAAUGAUACCCUGCAAUCUCAGCUCAUCAACAUGGGAGUUAUCCCUACAUUAGUGAAAUUGUUGGGCAUUCAUUGCCAAAAUUCGGCUUUGACUGAAAUGUGCCUUGUUGCGUUUGGAAAUUUAGCAGAACUUGAAUCAAGUAAAGAACAGUUUGCCUACACAAAUAUUGCAGAAGAACUCGUGAAGCUCUUUAAAAAGCAAAUAGAACAUGAUAAGAAGGAGAUGAUUUUUGAAGUUUUGGCUCCUUUGGCUGAAAACGAUAUCAUUAAACUGCAACUGGUUGAAGCAGGCCUUGUAGAGUGUUUACUUGAAAUAGUCCAAAAGACUGUAGAUAGCGACAAGGAAGAUGACAUUACUGAGCUUAAAACUGCUUCUGAUCUUAUGGUUCUUCUACUGUUGGGAGAUGAGUCAAUGCAAAAAUUAUUUGAAGGAGGAAAAGGCAGCGUGUUCCAGAGAGUGCUUUUAUGGAUCCCAUCUAAUAGCCAUCAACUUCAGCUCGCAGGAGCAUUGGCAGUUGCAAAUUUUGCUAGAAAUGAUGGAAACUGUAUCCAUAUGGUGGAUAAUGGUAUUGUCCAGAAACUGAUGGACUUAUUGGACAGGCACGUAGAAGAUGGAAAUGUCACAGUUCAGCAUGCAGCACUGAGUGCUCUCCGAAACCUUGCAAUUCCUGUUGUAAAUAAGGCAAAGAUGCUGUCAGCUGGUGUGGCAGAAGCAGUACUGAAAUUUCUCAGAUCCGAAAUGCCUCCUGUUCAGUUCAAGCUGCUGGGCACGUUAAGAAUGCUAAUAGAUGCGCAAGCAGAAGCUGCCGAGCAGUUGGGAAAGAAUGUGAAGCUGGUUGAAAGGCUGGUGGAAUGGUGUGAAGCCAAGGAUCAUGCAGGGGUGAUGGGAGAAUCCAACAGACUACUCUCUGCUCUUAUACGACACAGCAAGUCCAAAGAUGUAAUUAGGACCAUUGUUCAGAGUGGUGGCAUUAAACACUUAGUUACCAUGGCAACUAGUGAACAUGUAAUAAUGCAGAAUGAAGCUCUCGUUGCUCUGGCAUUAAUAGCAGCUCUAGAAUUAGCCACAGCAGAGAAGGAUCUUGAAAGUGCUCAGUUAGUGCAGAUUCUACACCGGCUCUUAUCAGAUGAGAGGAGUGCACCAGAAAUCAAGUACAAUUCCAUGGUGCUGAUCUGUGCACUUAUGGGGUCAGAACCCCUUCACAAGGAAGUGCAAAGCCUGACUUUCCUAGAAGUCGUAUCCAAACUCCGCAGCCACGAGAACAAAACGGUCGCCCAGCAGGCUUCCCUCACAGAGCAGAGACUCGCUGUGGAAAGCUGAGGAAGGGGGCACCAAUUCCACAUCGCAUCAUGUCACUGAUCUCACCUCUUGUCCUGUCCUGCUGCUGUUACUCCUGCCAUGUUUUUCCCACUGUGUCACUUAUGCAUGCCUGUAACAUCCCCACACCGCACUGUUGUAGGUACCUCUCUAAAUAAGAUUUCUAAAACACCCAUAGCCAAUUGUCAUAGGAUCUUGUCUCUCUCUUCUCCACACAGCAGACGCAUACAUGCAAUCUGUAGCCCUGUUGUCGUUCUCCUUGUAUUCUUGUUGCUUGGGCCACAUAAUAGAAUGUGCAUGUUGUAGUCCUAUAAUAAUGUAAAAGUGGUACAACCGUGAUGACACCUCCCCUCAGGCUCCCUACUUCCUCAGUAGAGGCAGCAAGACUGUUGAGAUGAGGUUUGGGGGCACACCUCUCUUUUUGCUGCUUUAGUUACAAAAGAGGGAAGAGGAAAGGAAGUCUUGCUGCUCAUUCACUGGUCUUGCCUACUAAUGUCAAUCCCAUGGUACCUAGAGAUAAACCAAUAAAAUCCAGUGCUCUCACA